UCUUAUACCAAUCUUUUUUGGUUGUAUUUAAUUCCGCUUACACACUCACUUCAUGUGUAUUUUUGUCAUCCACCAUAUUAAUUCUUGGUAUGAUUGUUGUACCUCCGUUUUCUCUAAUCAUUCUCUUUUUGUUCUUGCAAGUAAUACCCAUCCAGUUUUUUCCUUCUUCCCAUCGUGCUGAAAACAGCAUGUACAUUAUAAUUAUCAACAUGGAGACAUACGUUGUAAAUAUAAAUCACUUUGAACUUUUUGUGUCAUCAUUUUCCAAUGUCAACUUGAGAUGAAAUCAAAAACUUUAAUAAGAAAGGGAAUAGAGUAGGAUGUAAGGUCAAUGGUAAGGAAAGUGUGAUGAUAAGAAAAAAUGUUAUGCUACAAGGGAAUUAUGCU